GAAUUUCAUAGCUAUUAAGAAUCUUUCGUACGUAGAACUGUGCUUUCAAAUGUACAAAAAACACUCUUCAAUCACUUACUGUAAGGAAAAAUAAAUGUUAUUCUGAUCUGUUCAUAAAUUCCAAAAACACUAUCAUUCAAAGAAAGAAAAACUACCGAUUAAAAUAAUCAAAAACCAUGCAACUUUUUGCUGCCGUUCUCGCUUUGUCAUCUACAUUUUUUGGCACAAGUUUCGUCAAUGCAGACCAAGGUUGCUUGGGGGGUGUCUAUGGCRAUAAAACAACCACCAAGCUAGAUAUCAUGGAUUCCGUUGUGAGAGAAAAUAGUUUGCACAAAAUUGGAGGUCAACUUCGAUACGAAAGUAAGACGAUUGAAAGCAUGCGAUUAAAGUCUUCGAUUCUUUUUUUGAACACCAAUCAAACUGUUCUGCGCGAAGCAGKGACUCUCACAACUCCGACUCUUUCUUUUUCUGAUGCGCACACAAUCUGAUAUUUUUUAUCCUUCCAAUAUCUUCAUGACAUACAGAUAUCGGUACUGUCCGGGACCGUCCUGUAAGUCUAGUCGUUACUGUUGUUGACGGCGACUAUGCAGAUAUAGCUCAAGUCUGGAUAGACAGAAAGCGGGGUUCGCCAUACSAAAUGAACGGGAAGAAAGAAGGCGGCAAGUUUGCUAACAUUAAUCUUCAAACAGUUGAAGGAAAACCGAAAUCAGGAGAGGGAAAUUUUCGAAUGUGCUUCGUAGAUACGGAAACGAAUGAGUUGACAACGGUAGAAAAGUUUUCGUGGACAGUCUACGAUUUGGAUGAACGGGGAAAWGAUAAGAUAAACAARCCGGUUAUAAAGGAGAAAUUGAUCAUAGACACAAAMCAAGCUCGGGCAUUCCAACUCUGGCCCAACGAGGCCCAGUCGGAAGUCAAAUUGAGUUGUGAAGAUGGAUCCCAACUGCCCUGCAAUKCAGGUGUUCGAACGGUCUUCCAUUCCUCUACGGAUGGGACCGGAGAUGACAACCCGACGGAUCCGAAUAKUUUGACCGAUCUUCAAAAAUCAAGAUCUGUUACUUUUACUUUCAUUGACACUGAUUGCUGGGAGUUUACCUACGACCAUUACUGUCCAGUGGAACAACCUGAGUACGACGGACCAUCUCCGAGAAAGACCUGCAAGAAGUAUACAGGAGGAAACUUCCUUUUUGCUGGAGCGUCGGAGGAAAUCAUCAACGAUGGAGAGUGUUUGACAUCCCCCCCGUCACCGACGGCUUCGCCAACACCCGUUCCAACCGCUGAACCAACGACCUCACCAACGCCUAGCCCUACGGCAAACCCUACCGCUAGUCCCACGGUAUCUCCCACGGUAUCUCCUACAGCUGGUCCAUCUUCUAGGCCUACGGUUCCCCCUACUGUCAGCCCCACGACAUCUCCUACCGCUGGUCCAACUUCAGGCCCAACAACAUCGCCCAGUARCUCUCCUACAGCUGCUGUGGACUUGCCUACAACCCUAUCGCCAACCGAAUCGCCGACGUCGUUCGAUACGGCAUUUCCAACUAAAUUUGAGAACUCGGACUUUCCCACCGCAUCUACAACAUCGUUUGAUACGGCAUCUCCCACGUCACUCGAUACGGUAGCUCCCACGGUAUUUCCCACGAUUCUCGAAAGCGAAGGCCCUACGGCUUUGCCGACAACUUCACCCACCACAAGUCCCACCAAAUCUCCAACCCCACUGCCCACUGUUGGGGCAACCGAGUCUCCAACCGCUUCGCCGACCGCUUCACCGACGGAGCCACCCACAGCCAAGGCCACCGAGUCUCCAACCACAAGCAGUCCGACCGAUGCGCCCACGUUUACAGAGGACGAGRCGUCCUGCCCCGGAGACGUCACCCUCAUCAAGAAAAACGGGAUCACCGAUAUACCGCUCGAGAACGCAAUCAAGAUUGUGAAKCAGGACAAAUCGACGGUCACCGUGGAGCUUCACCAAUCCUGGACGUCCGGCACCAAGCGAGAAAGCGUCGACAGUAUUUUCUACUCGUUCCGAACCAGCAUCUUUGAUCAAAAGUGCUACGAAUCGAGGGACGUCGGGAGCCAGAGGUACGACACGAUCGAGCUGACCUGCGAGGUGUUGAAACCGAUCGCCUUUGUCGAGAUCUGUGUCGUCGACGAMGCCWCUCAUGGGAUCUUGGUCCCCGGASAGGGCAACGACAACGCCACGGUCCCCAAGUGCUGCCACCCGGAGGAAAUCUCACCCGAGGUACCGGUCGUGUGCUACACGGUAGAAAUCAAGUGCCAGACCGAAUGCGUGGAAGAAAUCGAACGUGGUCGACGAGGUUUGCGGGGAUCGUAUCCAUAACUGAAAGGGAAGCGACGGGCGCUUCACUSGAGGAACGAACAAAACUAUUAGAAUGCAUAAACAUAGAUAAAUCAC